AUGCAGUCUGGAAGAUGGAAACCGGGGUGGCUAACUAGAGCAAUCAAUCAUCUAGGUGUCGGCUUCCGUGACUUCACACAGAGGCGUGCAGCCGAGUUUGGCUUAAAGGGCUGGGUCGAAGGCGAAGCCCAAGGAACUCCAGAGUCCAUUCAAAAACUGCUCAAGGAAAUCAACAACGGCCCACGACUGGCGCAUGUUGUGAAAGUGGAGAAGAAGGAUCUUGCCGUUCAGGAUGGGGAGGCCUAUUUCGGAGUCAUGCGCACCUCCGAGUCGGCUUUUGAUGCUACGAACUGA